UCGAUUCCCGCUCAGUUUCGUUUCGGCAAUCAUUCGGAUCACACGGGAAAAGUCGCUAUACCGCCGCUGAUAAUGGUCUAUCAACCGCUCCGACUCCUGCUGGGAGUCAUCCUCCUUUCCAUCUGCGUAUGUGAUGCUUCUCUGCCACAUCCUUUGGCUGCAAAUUACACCUAUGACAUCCUGCGACUGGCCAAAGCGGCUCACAUUAAGGCUUACAUGGGCGAGGACAAGGAGGAAGCUUGUUCCAACUUUUACAACUACGCCUGCGCCAAUUGGCCACGUUUGCAUCCUGCUCGUUUGUCCAGCCAGCGGACCAAUUACCUGGAGGAACUGCAGGAGCUGUAUAUCAGGAAGAGCGCCGAGAUGCUCAAGAGUGCCACAAGAGGUGCUGAGAACAGUGCCGAUCGGCAGUUGAAGAACUUCUAUGGCUCGUGCCGCCUCCAAUCCAACGACAGCCGAUCCCUUUUGGCUACCCUACAAAAUGUGGCUGACUUCCGAGGUGGCUGGCCAGAGAUUCGAGUUCCAUCCUGGUAUCAGUACGAGUACGAUUGGCUGCAGGUGGUGGCCAACCUGAAGCGUAACCUUGGCGUGGACAUCUUCAUAGGCUUAAAUGUGAUUCUCGACUACAAGGAGGAGAAGAUGCACCGCCUGAAGAUCGGCGCACCCGAAUUCCCCAUGUCACGUCGCCACUACUUGAAUGACCACUUUGAAGGCACUCGGGAGCUCUACGAACGUUCUAUCGAGAAGAAGCUGAAGCUAUAUUUCCCGGGACAAUCGGAGCACUGGCUGCGUGAGGUGUCCUCUCAGGUGGUCCAAGUAGAGCAGCAGCUGGCCAAGGGAUUGCCCCACAAUGCCGCGCUCACCCUGGAGCAAACCACUCGCCAGAGGUCCGCCGCCGAGAUGAAGGCCGCCUAUGGCAGCUUUGUAGAUGUGACCCGCUAUUUGCAGCUCAUUUUCAACGACAACCUUUACAUGGAUAUAUACGAGACACCCGAGGAUUAUUUCUCCAAUCUUGUGGAUGUGAUAAGGGAAACGCCCAAACUGCAGCUGGCAAACUAUACGAUGUGGAAGGCUCUGGAGGCUUUGGAUGCUGCUCGAGUGCCGCCCUCCCAGCAAACGGACAUUUGGUGCGUCCAACUGGCCCAGCAGUAUUUCCCCCAUCAGCUGGAGAGUCUGUUCCACCGCAACUACAACCACAUGCAGAUGAUCAAUGAGCUGCAGUCGACAUGGUCGGAUAUCAAGCGAGUCUUUCGCGAGGAUCUACAGGCCUCGGAGCGUUUACUCUGGCUUACGUUGGAGACCAGGCAGAAGGCCAUCACCAAGCUGGAGUCCUUGAAGCUGCAGUUCCGAACCCACGACGACAACAAGUUAAUCCGCCAGAUGCACGGGCUUGACCUGCACCUGGAUCACUUUUACCCGAACUUAGUGAAGGUCCUCAAGUGGAAGACGCAGCGCGGUUUGGCCAAGUUAAUGGAGGAACCGGUUGUCGAGGAUGAAGUGUACAAACUGCCGCACUACGAGAUCCACAAGAAUCGCAUCCAGGUGCCAAUCACCUUCCUGCAGGCGAGGUUCUUCUGGGAUCCCGCCUAUCCCAAUGCCCUGAAGUACGCCACUUUGGGUGUGCUCCUCGCUCGCCAAAUGCUCCACGGAUUCGAUGGCGUGGGCAGGCGUUACGACUCCUAUGGUUAUCAAAACAACUGGUGGGACAACACCUCGGAGAGUUCGUAUUCCCGACGCACCCAGUGCUUCCAGGAGCAGUACGCCAUCUUUGUGGAGUACAAGGGCAAGCCCGUUCACGAUAAGGAUCUGCUGCGUCGAAUUGUGGCCGAUAAUGGUGCUUUGGAUAUCGCCUAUCGGGCCUAUCAGCAGUGGCUGAAGAAUGCGGCCGAAACUCCGGCAAUCUACCAGCGGGAACGACUUCCGCUUCUCGAUCACGACAACAAUCAGCUUUUCUACCUGGGCUACGCGCAGCUGUACUGCACCGAUUACCCGGAAUCUGUGGAGCACUUCGACGAGCUUCCCGAGCAGCUGCGGAUCAACAAGGCGCUGUCCAACUCGCAGCCCUUCACCAACGCUUUCGGUUGCACCAGAGAGGAUAAGCUGAACGCACGCUUUAAGUGCACCCUCUACUGAGAGAAGAAUAUUUGCCAUCCAUUUUUAAUAGAUUUAAACCACCAGUCUACGAAAUAAAAGCUAUGUUGCACUUUU